AUUGAGGGCUUGUUUACAUUUAUCAGUGGGGAUAAAUUCUUCCAUGAGUCGUCGUACACAGUAUAAUGAUCAAAUUAGCAUUAGCUGGUCUAUAAUUCCUUUUUAAACUAUCUGGUCCUUCAUGGCGGUGGUAGCAAGGAUAUCCAAACAAACGUUUAUGCACCAUGCUGCUUCAUUUUGCUAUGACAGUUCAUUUUGUGCUUUUUUGUGUUUGAUAUGGUGUAACAUAGAUCACAACAAGCACAAGCAUUUAUCUGAAUCUAUUUGACUGCUCAAUUGCUCUAAUUUAUGAGAAAACUGUGUGCAGGCGGGAGUUGCUAAGUAGAGAGAGAGAGAGAGAGAGAUUAGCAGGAGGAAUUGGACAAGGUUGUUGGUUUCUUAAUCCUGAAUCUGGUUAUCAAAAUCCAUCAAAAGGCUGUUUUUCCAUUUCCAGUAAUUGGGGAUUGUGCAAGUGAUCAAUUCUCAGGACCCCUUCUGUUUCUAAUUUCUUCUGCAUUGCCUCUUCAUAACUUCCACUCGCAUAAGAGAGGGCGCAUAUAAGACUUGAUUGCUUUUGGUGUAAGAUGUCGUCAAUCAAGGGAUUCAGCAGCCUUGCACCCAAGACCAAGAACCUGAUUGUCGCAGGUGGGUUGUCUGGCUUUGUCAUGGGUGUGUACUACUACACCAUGAGAGCAGUUGGAAACACAGAUGAGCUGCAGGUUGCAAUCGACAAGUUUGAAGAAUUGAAGAACAAGGAGGAGGCCGAAACAGCUGCCACACCUCGGUCUUAAGACUGACAACUGGCCUUCCAGUCACAAAACUUUUCUUAUUUUACCUUGUUGGUGUUGUAAAAGCCUGCUAGAAAAGAGGUGGUCCAGUGACAGUUUAUUGCUGCUGGAAUGAUGUCCCAGGAGAAGGAAUAGGAUGUGUAGUGCUUAAUAAUUAUGAGUUUGUUCUCAAUUGUGACAGCUAAAUAGAGUGCAAGUGUCACUAUAACUGAUGGAUCAAUGUUUUGACUUAUAGUAUGGGUGUUGUGUUUUCUUAAAAAAUAAUACCUGUUGGUCAUUAUCAGAAAUAAACUGUUUUAGCCCCCGUUGCCGGGUGUUUCUAU